GAGGGUUUUGUGCGAAAGCAGCUUAUCUCAGCUCACACGCAGCUAUAAAACACGGGAGACUCCGAUCAGGGAUUCACAGUUUCUGAACAUCCGUCUUCAUCGUCGUCUCGUCUCCGCUCCUCUGAUCGACAUGGGUGUCGCGUACAGCGUUGGAGAGUAAGUAGCUCACCGUCGAGGAUCAAAACUGCGAUCGGAAAUCACUCCAUUACAAAUAAAGCUUGUUGAUUCAGCGCUGAUGAUGAUUCCAUGCAAAUCUUUCACUGCACUAAUGAUUCUUUAUAGUGGAAGAAGAUUCUAUAACUUACUGAAAUGUUCUACUAAGAAAAAAAUGAUUUUUUGAGAACUGAUCACUGAAAUGUUCUUCUAAUUUUGUUAUUUGCAAAAAUCUAAGUGAAAAUGCUUCUAUUUUCCUUCUUUUUUUAAUUAUAAAUUUUGUUUAUUAUAUUUAACUAAAACUAAAACCAUAAAAAUGGUGUUACUGGAAUUAAAAACAAUUUUUUUAACUAAAAUAAAAUGAAAUAUAAAACAACUAAAUGAAAAAAAAUACAACAAAAUUACCAAAAAUAUAAAUACAAUAAAAACAUUAAGAAAAAAUUCAAUUCAUUUUUAAUUGAAUUAAUUAAAUGAAUUAAAAUAUGAAUGUGUUUAAGACAGGGGUAUUAUAUUUAACUAAAACUAAAACCAUGAAAAAAUGUGUUGCUUGAAAUAAAAUACACAUGAACUGAAAUAAAAUAAAAUAUAAAACACUAAAUUAAACCAAAAAAAGUAAGAGUGACAAAAUACAACAAAACGAUGAAACAUAUAAAUAAAAUAAAAACAGUAAAAAUUAUUAAUAUUUCAUGAAAUUAAAAAAAAAUUAAUUAAAAACAUGAAUGCAUUUGAGACAGGGGUAUUAUAUUUAACUAAAACUAAAACCAUAAAAACGGUGUUACUUGAAAUAAAAUACACAUGAAAUGAAAUGAAAUAAAAUAAAAUAUGAAAAAACUAAAUUAAAAAAAUAUAGUGACAAAAUCACGAACAAUAUAAAUAAAAUAAAAACAUUAAGAAAAAAUAAAAAUAAUAUUUAAUGAAAUUAAUAAAAUGAAUUAAAAUAUGAAUGUGUUUAAGACAGGGGUAUUAUAUUUAACUAAAACUAAAACCAUGAAAAAAUGUGUUGCUUGAAAUAAAAUAAACAUUAACUGAAAUAAAAUAAAAUAUAAAAAACUAAAUUAAACCAAAAAAAGUAAUAGUGACAAAAUACAACAAAAUGAUGAAACAUAUAAAUAAAAUAAAAACAGUAAAAAUUAUUAAUAUUUCAUGAAAUUAAAAAAAAAUUAAUUAAAAACAUGAAUGCAUUUGAGACAGGGGUAUUAUAUUUAACUAAAACUAAAACCAUAAAAAACGGUGUUACUUGAAAUAAAAUACACAUGAAAUGAAAUGAAAUAAAAUAAAAUAUGAAAAAACUAAAUUAAAAAAAUUAAGUGACAAAAUGACGAACAAUAUAAAUAAAAUAAAAACAUUAAGAAAAAAUAAAAAUAAUAUUUAAUGAAAUUAAUAAAAUGAAUUAAAAUAUAAAUGGAUUUGAGACAGGGGUAUUAUGUUUAGCUAAAACUAAAACCAUACAAAAAAAUUGUUACUUGAAAUAAAAUAAACAUUAACCGAAAUAAAUUAAAAUAUAAAAAAACGAAAUAAAAAAAAUUAAUUAACAGUGACAAAAUACAACAAAAUUAACACAAAUAUAAAUAAAAUAAAAACAAUAAGAAAAAAUAAAAAUUAAAUUUAAUAUUUAAUAAAAUUAAUAAAAUGAAUUAAAAUAUGAAUGCAUUUGAGACAGAAGUAUUAUAUUUAACUAAAACCAAAACCAUAAAAAAUUGUGCUGCUUGAAAUAAAAUAAACAGUAAAUGAAAUAAAAUAAUAUAUAUAUAUAUAUAUAUAUAAAAUUAAUAGUGUCAAAAUACAACAAAAUUAUAAAACAUAUAAAUAAAAUAAUAACAGUUGAAAAAUGCAUUUGAGACAGGGGUAUUAUAUUUAGCUAAAACUAAAUAAAAAAUGGUGUUAUUAUAUACAUUAACUGAAAUAAAAUAAGAUAUAAAAAAUAAUCAACAGUGACAAAAUACAACAAACUGACUAAAAAUGUAAAUUAAAUAAAAAAAGAAAAUCUAAAAAUAAAUGAAUAUUUAAUGAAAGUGAUUUAAAAUAUGAAAACAAACUGAUGCUGAAAUAACACUGGUUUAAGAAAGGUGUUUCUCACACAAAUUCUCUUUGAAACCUUUAUUUUUAUGCUUAAAGUAAUUGCAGAAACGUGUAAUUAAAAUGAAAUAAAAUGCAUGUGUUACAGCAACUGCAUGUGUUUUUAAUCAUGCAUUUUGUGUUUUAUAUCAAAUCUGUAACUCAGAAAUCUGAUUGAAAUGUGUUUUUAAUUGAUCUCUAAUUUAUUAUACUUAAUAAAAUAAUUGUUUUGGUGUUAUUAAACUCCAUUACACUUCUUAAAUAACUCUGAAUGUUGCAUAACCCACACGUUCUGUCGUUUCUUCUUUCACAAUCUUUCCGUCUGAACUACAGAAACGUCUCGUCUGUGCAUUAUGUAGAUGUUUUUGGCUCUUUUCCAUUUCGUCUCUCUUGAUUUCCCCCGAAGGCCUCGAUUACGGUUCGUGACGCAGCGUGUAGAGACUGUGAAUUGUUUUCACUUUCCUCUACACUCAUACCAAAGCCAAUUCAAUAUCAUUCCCAGAUGUGCUGGCUCGUCUGUGCACCAGCAACAAUGGGAAUGAAUUGCGUAACUGAAGUCUGACGCUGGCUGUAAAGGCAUGGACCGUAAACGUCUAGUAAUGGCAUUUGUUUCUUGAGAAAAUGGAUUCGAGUCUCGUAAACCAAUGACACUUUCACACGAGAAAUUUUAAGGGCAGUUCCAGUGCAUUGGGUCAGUCUGGGUCAGACAAACACAUGACAUUUACAGUUUAUGUGAACGACUGUACGAUUUGCAUCAUCAUCUUUUUAUCUGCUCUGAUUCCCUUCAGAGUGGAUCAUCUGUACACAUUCUUUGUCCAGUGGUCGCCAGAGACCAUCUACAGCAAACACGGCAGCAAACGGGAUUUCGUCACGGUCCACCCGCACGCGCUCGGUGUGAUCGACUCCCUCAUCAGUAAUUCUGCCUCCAAAAAAUGGGAGAUCGUCACUGUGACACAGCAGAAGCAGCGCUGUCCCAGCGUCUGUAGCUCUGCAGACUCUGAACCUGAGGAGCUGCUGCCCGUUUUAUUAGACCACAGUCAGAUUCUCAACGAGCAUCAUCUUGAACAGCUGAUGCAUCACAUCCCGCCGCGGACUCAGGGUUAUCCUUGGAAACUGAUGUACAGCACCGCGCAGCACGGCACCAGCCUGAAAACACUAUACCGACAGAUGGGAGAGGUAGACAGACCCGUCCUGAUGGUCAUCAAAGACACAGACAACCAGGUUUUUGGAGCGUUUUGCUCCGAUCCGUUCAAAGUGAGCAGCUACUGCUAUGGUACGGGAGAGACGUUCCUCUACAGCUUCAGUCCAGAGUUUCAGAUCUUUCGUUGGAGUGGAGCAAACUCCUACUUUGUGAGAGGAUUCCUGGACUCUCUGCAGAUGGGAGGAGGAGGGGGUCCGUUCGGCCUGUGGUUGGAUGCUGACCUGUAUCACGGCUCCAGUUAUUCAUGCGACACCUUCUGCAACCGUCCGCUCAGCCUCCAUCAUGACUUCACCAUUCAGGAUCUGGAGGUGUGGACCUUCGUCUGAGCGCAAACCGGUUCCUGCCGUUUCCCGGCACCGUUCCGCCGAUAAGAACAACACGAUCGUUGGCUCCAGCUGCGAAAGUGCCGCGACUCGUCUGAUAACUCUAACAGAACCUGUUCUGUUCCUCAUUUGCGAGCGGCUCGAGCGUUUCUGCUAAAUGAAGGAACAAUGAUGUACAGUAAAUUUAAAGAUAACAAGUCGAGGCAGGAUUUUGAGCUUCAGUUCCUAUUUCCAGUAACUGUGCACGUUCCUGAGGCCUGACAGGACCUGAACGCAUUGCUCAAGGCUGAACACGCUGCCUAUGUAGGCAACACAACACACUAGAUGGGUACUACUGACACUCCUGAGGCACUUUGCGAUGAGUUAAGUGUUUAGUAUCUUUACUGUAUUUUAAAAUGCACUUAGAGGACAAAUUGUUUACUACACUGAUUUGUGUCUUGCUGACGUGAAAAAGGAUUUGAAAAGGAAAAAUGUUUUGCUGUAUGAUUGUGAUUUUUACUACGACUACUGUUGUUUUUUACUCUAUUUAAUAUUUGUGAGCACAUGGUGAAUUAUUUGUAAUUUUGUGUUUAUUGUGCAGUGCUGGCACUGCCUUUGUAAACUGCUGGGUUUGGGAUUUCUAAUAAAGCACAUUUUCAUUAAA